AUGAAAAUGGCCGUAGGAAGAUAUCUUGGGUUUCAUGGGAACGAUUAUCUCUUCCAAAGAAUGAAGGUGGGAUGGGCUUCAAGGAUCUUCAUAGGUAGAUACCACAGAUCAUCGACGUUCUUAGAGUCUUUGUGUGGGGGAAGUCCAUCAUAUGGAUGGAGAUCAGUUCAAGCGGGAAAGGACCUGCUAAAGAAAGGGUUACGUAUUCGGCUAGGUAAUGGAAAGGAUACAAAUGUGUUGCUAGAUCAUUGGUUACCAGUUUUGCCUCCACGAGCUGCAAAUGGUAUUAUCCGUGAUCUAGAUAUGCGUGUUGAGGAGUUAUGUAAUCAAGGAAGACGAGAAUGGGAUUUAGAGAAGCUUAAUCAGAUUCUAACGCCAGAGGAUGUGGCAUUAGCAAGGUCAAUCAAGCUAUCAAAUUACGCAAAUGAAGAUGUGAUUAUAUGGCCGUAUACAACUAAUUCUAAGUAUUCGGUUAAAUCUGGUUAUUGGGUAGCCACACAUAAUGUGGAAGAUCAUGAAAAGAUUAUACCACCACCAGGUAAUUUGGAAGUCAAGAAAGCUAUAUGGAAAUUGCAUAUACCACCGAAGAUUCAACAUUUUCUAUGGAAAGCAGUUGCAGGAGCUAUACCGACGGCGGAGAGGUUAUGUUCGCGAACUGUUUCUAUUGAUCCAAUAUGCCCAAGGUGUUGCUUACAGGAAGAGACUAUUAAUCAUGUUUUGUUUGAUUGUGUACAUGCUAAUUCAGUCUGGAGAUGUUCAGGUUUCACGCAAUUUGGUAGAGGAAAACAUCAAAACAAUGAUCAAAAUAAAGGAGAUGAACACUUUGCUGGAGGAGAAAUGAUUCCUUCCGUUUUGGACAAGUUGGAUGAUAUGGAAAGCACGGAAUGA